GCUUGCUUGCCAGGGCCGCUGCAAUGACCAAAAUUAAGGCAGAGCCAGACUGGCAGCAGGCUCCGGAGGAGGCGUGUUGCGGGGAGCGCACUUACCAAGAGCUGCUGGUGAAUCUUAACCCCAUCGCGCAACCCCUGGCUUCUCGUCGCCUCACGGGGAAGCUCUACAAAUGCAUCAAGAUAGCCGUGAAGCAGAAGCAGAUUCGGCGCGGGGUGAAGGAGGUUCAGAAGUUUGCCAACAAAGGCGAGAAAGGGAUCAUGGUUUGGGCAGGAGACACAUUGCACAUUGACGUAUACUGCCAUCUCCCAGUCAUGUGUGAGGACCGAAAUUUGCCCUGUAUCUACAUCCCCUCCAAGACGGACCUGGGUGCAGCUGCGGGCUCCAAGUGCCCCACCUGCGUGAUAAUGGUCAUGCCCCACGAGAAAUACCAGGAGGCCUAAGAUGAGUGCCUGGAGGAGGUGCAGGCUCUGCCCUCCUCCCCCACUCACCGUGAGGGACUUAGGCAGCACCCUGGGAACCUGCUCCGGAAGCUGCCGGGCUGGUGGGAGGCUGACUGGCUGCCCUCCUGUUGGCCACACUGGCAGCAUCUCCCUGGCUCCCCAAGGCACGUCUUCUUCCCAGGCAGCUCC